UAUAAACACAUUACGUGCAUAUGAUUGUAUGUACAAUGUAAAUAUUAAUGCAAGUCGUUUGUUUGUAUACAAAUUGCAGAUUAGUGGGUGAGAGAAAAAUUAAUCAACGAGAGUGUGAGUCGUGCAGGUUCUGUGACAGUGCAUAUAUAAUAGAACAUGACAUGAAAUCAUCGCAGUAUUUUUAAAAAUCAUCGCUAGUGACGUCGAGAAACUGAAAAUCAAAGCGUAUAUCAUCGCAUUUGCAGUAUACGCACUGUGAUACACGCGUGUAUAAGAUUUGAGAGAGGCGUCGCACGCGCACCCAUUGCUCGUCGUCGUCGUGUGUGAAACAGUGCGUGUGUGUGCGGGAGCAGGUGUAUGUGCUUGUGCGAGUGUGUGCGUACAGUAGUAUAUCGCAAAAACCAACUGCUGCGAGCGUUUACAAGGGAAGAAGGAAGGAAGAGUCCGAGAGCUGCCGACAAGCAGAGGCAGCAGCAACAACAACCAGCAGCAAGAUCGCCGCGCGACAUCAAGGACUCGCUCGAAGCAGACGACAAGUUUAUACAUACAUUGUAUACAUACAGCACUUAUUAUUAUUCGCUCUUUCUGCCUGUCUCUCAUUCUCUCUGCCUCGUUCUCGGCAAUAUCGCAACAUAAAUACGCGACUGGCUCUCAAAGUUUUUGCUUAUACAUAUUUCGCGCUGUGGUAUCAUCGCGAGAAAGUGAGAAGCCGUGUGUCGCGCGUGUGUGUGCACAAGGUACAGAGAGAGAAGAGACAGCGGCACGCCGAGCACUGAAGCAGCCUCGCGACGUAGCUGCCGACAAUUGUGUGUUUUAAAAACAACACCGACAAUCAAGACGACGAAGGAACAAAAAAGAGAUCGAGAAGCGGCAGCAGGAUGAGCGCCAAUAACUCCCAAAAGCUUUCCACGACAGACCGCGUGAUAAAGAAUGUGCCAUUUCCACCAUCGCGCAAGCUCACAGCUUCCGAGGUGUUCGACUCGAGGACGGGCAAGCCCCGGCCGGACGUCCUCAAACAGCACUUCAUCCUCGAAGGCAGAAUAGACGAAGCAGCGGCGCUGCGAAUAAUCAAUGAUGGGGCAGCGCUAUUGCGCUCCGAAAAGACGAUGAUCGACAUCGAGGCACCUGUCACAGUCUGUGGAGAUAUUCACGGGCAGUUUUACGACUUGAUGAAACUGUUCGAGGUAGGCGGGCCUCCUUCGACCACAAAAUACCUCUUCCUCGGUGACUACGUCGACAGAGGCUACUUCAGUAUCGAGUGUGUAUUGUACCUGUGGGCAUUGAAACUGUGCCAUCCCCAUACAUUGUUUCUUCUCAGAGGCAAUCACGAAUGUCGGCAUCUAACAGAGUACUUCACAUUUAAGCAAGAAUGUAAAAUUAAAUACUCGGAGAGAGUUUACGACGCGUGCAUGGACGCCUUCGACUGUUUGCCGCUCGCUGCUCUCAUGAACCAGCAGUUCCUCUGUGUGCAUGGUGGCCUUUCGCCGGAAAUUCACAAUUUGGAAGACAUUCGCAAGCUUGACAGGUUCAAAGAACCACCAGCUUUUGGACCCAUGUGCGAUUUGUUGUGGUCGGAUCCGCUCGAAGAUUUUGGCAAUGAAAAAAACGCUGAACAUUUUUCACACAAUAGUGUACGAGGAUGUUCGUAUUUCUACAGUUAUGCAGCGUGCUGCGACUUCCUUCAAAGCAACAAUCUGUUAAGUAUCAUUAGGGCACACGAGGCACAAGACGCCGGAUAUCGUAUGUACCGCAAGUCACAGACGACGGGCUUCCCAUCCUUGAUAACCAUAUUCAGCGCGCCCAACUAUCUCGACGUCUACAAUAACAAGGCCGCGGUGCUCAAGUACGAAAACAAUGUGAUGAAUAUUCGUCAAUUCAAUUGCUCGCCACAUCCGUACUGGUUACCAAAUUUCAUGGACGUUUUCACGUGGUCAUUGCCAUUCGUAGGAGAAAAAGUCACAGAAAUGUUGGUAAACGUACUGAACAUUUGCUCGGACGAUGAACUAAUGAGCGAUGGCGACGAUGCACUGGAAGAAGAUGUUGGAAGAAGUCCCCGAAAAGGUACGGCCAAUCAACGCAAGGAAGUCAUUCGCAACAAGAUCAGGGCUAUUGGAAAAAUGGCGCGUGUCUUUUCCGUACUCAGAGAGGAAAGCGAAAGUGUUUUGCAAUUAAAAGGUCUUACACCUACUGGAGCUCUGCCUCUCGGAGCACUCUCUGGUGGCAAGACGUCUUUGAAAAAUGCGCUGCAAGGUUUUUCGCCGAAUCACAAGAUUACGUCCUUCGCCGAAGCCAAAGGCUUGGACGCAAUCAACGAGCGUAUGCCUCCGCGCAAAGACGCACCGCCAACGCCGGUUAACGAAGAAAAGCCACAGUCUGCAGUCAAGACAGGAUCAUCGCCGGUUGGAGCUGCGACGGGUACGACCCAAGCAGCUGGAGCUACACCGGAAAAACGGGACCACAGCACGACGCAGUCUCACUCGUGAGCCGCGUACUCGUCUUAAAUCAGUGCAGGUAACAAUGGCGAUACUUAUGUCCGUAAUGGUUGCCAAAGCCACGAUAAACUAUACCAACGCUCGUCUCUUUCUGGACACUAGAAAUUGUUCUUAUAAACAAAUGAAAAAGUAAAAAAUAGAUGCAAAAUUCAAGCUACUCAAUUCACAGAAGCUCAGUGUGAGUUGAAUUUGACGUAUCCUGGCUUCAUUGAAAACAAAAAUAAGAAGAUAAACACAUACACAAACGCGUGCAUAUAGAGUGAUAUAAGUGGAAGAGUGCAAUGAUUAUCAUGGUUGGUGAGGCAUAUGCCAAUUCACCGGAUCAUGUAAACAUUAGUUGCUCUUUUAUCAUUUUAAGCUAAGCAUUGAAAUAACAGGACUGUACGGUUGGAUGUCAUAACGCAGCGUGACUCGACAAAUUGUUAUUGCACGAAUGAUAAAGAUAAAAAAGUUGAAGAAAAAUAAAAAAAGACAAAAAGCUUUUCUCUUUCACGCGUAAAACAUUGAUAUAAUAUAAAGAAAAAACUAUAUUUGCGAGUGAAUAUCUACCAAACCUCAUUUGGUAACUUUACUCAUUAUAUAGAGAUGAAUGACGAAAAUGAUGACGGAUGAUUUUAAAGUGUUGAUCGGUAACUUAUUAAUAAUAUAAUGAUUAUAGCUAUGUGAAACAAUGAUGAGUAAAAAAGAACUUUGAGAAUAAAAUCAGUAGUUAUAAGGACAACGGAAGUGCAAUGGAAAAGAUGUGUUACACUACAAAUCUCUCAAAAUUUGUGAAUACACAUAGAAUUUUAUCUAAUUGUGUACAUUUCUCCGAACUCAUCCUUUUUAUUAUGCCAAUGUGUAUACAUUUUAACACAUAUUUUGGUGUAACGAAUUCAUACAUAAACUUCUUGUUUAAAACAUUUUUUUUAAUGAAUGAUAAGUUUUGAGAUUAAAAACUUAUUUUUGGAGGAGGUAUAUACUCUUCCAAUGAAAAGAUGAAUGAAUGCAUCGACAUGUAUGCUCGUGUUUAUAAAAAAAUUUUUUUGUCAUGUGUACGACUGUAUUUUCAAAUCCAUUUCAUUGAUAAACUGAUAAACUAUAUACACAUGUAUAUAUGCAUUCAGUUUAUGCACUGAUAUCUUCUUUUACUUAGUGACAACCCUAUUUUAAUUGACAAUGUUCCUUUGAACUUGAGUUCUUUAGGUUUGUUUUUUGUUUUGUUCAAAAAUAAUCAUGCGUUUAAUGUUAUCUAAUUGUGCAAGUUUUUUUAACAAAGUUUUGUGAUUGUAAAAAUGGUUUUUAUGAUGUGCUUAAAAAUGAAUGAAUUGAUGCUAAAGAUUUAAUGAUUGUUAGUCGAAAUAAUAGUAAGAACGAAUUGUGUUUACUUCAAUGAAAUAAAUUGAUGAUAUGCACAUUUUUUGACAGUCAAAAUAUUGCGCUUGACGAAUACUAAGAAUUAAAUAAAAUGUUAAAAGUUUUUAUGAUUAAUAUUGCGAAUACCUUACAAAUGAUUCUUCUUCGCCUGUAACAAUCGCUUUUAUAUACAUAUAUGCAUGAAAAAUUUAAAAUACAAAUAUUCAUCCGUUAAUGUAAGAAAGAAAGACUCUUUGCACCUUGUUUUACAACUCUUUUUAUAUUCCAUUCUCACUCAUAUAAACAUACCCAAUAACAUGAAUUUCGAUAUUGUAAGUUAACAUAAUUCAUAAAUAUAUCAUCUUUUGAUUCUGGUCUGUUUCAUAUAAAUACAAUGCUAGUCCGUCAUAUCAAACUGACAUACUUAUAAGGAAGUAGAGAAAAUGUGCUAACGGACCUUGCAUACAAUACAAUUUGUUGAAAAUGAUUGCUCGCCUGUAACUAUCAAAUGCAUAAGAAAAAUUUAUUGAAAGCGAAAGCUCAAAGUAAACGAGAAAAUAAAA